GGUCAACCCAUAACAACUUAGCUAGCUAAUCAGAGGCUACAAAUUCACUCAAAUUAUCUACCGGUACCUGCCUAUUAGCAGUGCCUUCUUUACUCCUUUCCUUUUUGUAACAACCUAACCCCCUGAUAUUGACAUGCCCUCCAUAGACCCCAUCGGCUCCAUCGACUGAACGUCGUGCCUUGGCUCUGCUCGCUGCUCCCCUUGCCUCUCAGUUUAAUCCUUCUUUUUUAAUGAGAGUGAAUCCGCGUGUUCGUACCGGCACUUCUCUCACGAAUCGGCUUGCCACAAGCGGCUCGAACAAGCCCCCACGCCAACACUUUAACGCCGUCGUCACCCGAGACCCGGUCUUAUGCGCUGAGACUUUGCGUCCGAAACCUUGAAUUAGCAACGGUCCUCCGUCCCAGCGGGCCUCUUCCCAAUGGUCACCCGUCGCUCCCAUACCAAGUCGCGCAACGGCUGCAGAGACUGCAAGCGGCGGAAAGUCAAGUGCGACGAGGCCUAUCCGUCCUGCUUCAAUUGCACCAGACAUGGCAUUCCGUGCAGUCUAUCAACCUCGGGGGCCUCUCCGUCCCGCACCACUCACCAUUCGCCAUCUUUCACGCAGUCGACCAGCAGUUCAAGCCCGGAAACGCCGUACCAGUUUCUCGACGUGGUAAUCAGCCAUGCCGAACCCACACCGCAGCAGCCGACCAUCAAGCUCUGGGGCCACGGCUUAGAGCUGAUGCAUCACUACACCCUGCAUACCGCCAACACCAUCUCGUUGCGCCACAAAACACAGCACGUCUGGCGCGUCAUCGUGCCUGAGAUAGGCUACGACUGCCCCUUCGUUGCCCAUGGCAUCCUCGCCAUGGCCGCUCUGCACAAGGCCUACCUCCUACCCCCGGAACGGGACCGGUACCUCGACCUGGCGACGAGCCACCUGGACGCCGGCCUCGAGGGUUUCCGCGCCCUGCUGCACACCAUCGACGAGACCAACUGGCAGCCCUUCUUUUGCUUCGCCACCCUCGUCACCUUCUACGUCGCCUGCGUCCCGGCGCACGACGGCGGCGGCGGCAGGCACGUCCCCGACAUCACGGCCCUCUUUGUCUUCGUCCGGGGCGUGAGGACCAUUCUCGAGCCCUACCAGGAGAGACUGGGAAGGACGAAGCUGGCGCCUCUGGUCGAAGGCCCCUGGACAGUCGAGCCCGGCGAUCCUGAGUACGAGAACCCGGCCCUACACCACUCCCCCCUGCCGAGAGACAUCUUCGAGGCCCUGAGCCGCCUCGCCGCCUUCUUCGAGGAUCACCUCGAGGGCGACGCGCGCGACGACUACGCCGUCGCCGUAACGGAGCUGCGCAAGGUCGCCUGCCUCGUCGCCCACGCCGGCGCCAGCCCCGAGAUCAGCAUGGUCGUCUUCUGGCUGUACAGGGUCUCGGACGGCGUCAUGGCCGACGUCCAGACGGCCGCCCCACACGCCAUGGUCCUCGUCUCCCACUUCGCCGUCCUCCUGUGUGCCGUCGAGCGCAUCUACUGGUUCUUCCAGGGGUGGUCGCGGCACCUCCUCGAUGCGGCCGAAAUGCGGCUGGCUGGACUUCCGGUCUUCGCGGCGGCACUAGAGUGGCCGAAGAAGCAGAUCCUCGAGCUUUACGCGCACUAG